AACAGUUAACAUCUGGACAUUUGGCAAGAUGCAUCUGAACCUGAAAUAUUUCAUUGGUCUGCUACUGGUGCUGCUUUGCAGCUCUUUUGCGGUGGCCUAUCCCCAGGGGCCUGGAUGUGGUCCACCACCAAGUGGAACACCUCCGUCGGGACCGCGACCAUCGGGUCCACCACCUGGAGGUCGCUGCGGACCACCACCAUCGACCACGGCUGCAUCUACCGGUUAAAUUUGUCCACCUCUGCGAUUCCCGACUCCAAUUUCCCUCAUAAGGCUUACUGAAAUGUCACCUAGAAAAUCCUUUUGUUAAGUCCCUUUUUUUUUUGACAAACAAAUUAAAUGAAAAGUAUAUGUAUGUGUGUAU